UGGAACUGUCUAAUGUAUGGUCAUGGUGGAGAGCAUUGUCAUCGAGGUGCCGCUUGCAUGAUAUGCGCAGAAAACCAUCAUACAAAUGUUUGUCCAUUUAAUACAAAUGAAAAGCGACCAGCUGUUUUUACUUGUUUUAAUUGUAAAAAACAUGGAAAAGAAAGAACUGAUCAUGCAGCAAACGACAUAAAUUGUCCACUACGUUCUCUUUAUCUGGAGACGAGGGCAAGAGUAACAACUAAAUCUCAUAAUAAUAACAGAGUACAGCAAAAUCUAAAUACAUUCCAAUUCAACGGUGUGGAAUUUCCCAACUUAGGCAAUACAACAAGCCGCAACAAUAAUAAUAUAAUGAAUGCCAACGUUUCAUACGCAAACCAGCUGAAAAAUAAUUCCGAUCUGUUUAGUGUCGAUGAACUUUUCGAUAUCUUUACAACUGCUAUGGAAGAUUUACAAAGAUGUACAUCAAAAGUGCAACAAAUUAAAGUUGUUAUGUCUAUGAAACGACAGGUCAGAUGGAAGAGGAGGAGGCGUCGCUUUACUGGUUCAUAAAUCUAUAAAACAUAAAAACUGCUUCACAUUUAACACUAGAUCUAUUGAAAAUAUAUCUAUAGAAAUAACAAUAAAUAAUAGACCGAUUGUAAUAACUUCUGCAUACUCGCCCCGUUAUAACAAUAAUUUCUCUAAUGAUAUUCAUAAACUUACACCUUCAGCCAAUGAAUACAUAG